UCCCAACUGUCGGCGCUCAGGUGGAGUUUGCUGCGACUAGAGAGAAGGCGGAAGGAGCGGUUGGCUUGGCUUGGCAGCGCGGCGACCACCGGGAGAAACCCCUUCUUGCACGCCAGGCGCUGAGAAGGAGCCAAGCAGGGCGAUCCACAGAAGCUGCUCAGGAGUGCCCAGCCCCGCGCCGUGAGAGCUCGCUCCGUGGUUGCCCCCCUGCCUCGCCCCGCAUCCGUGAGGGCGUGUGAGGAAGAGGAGGUGGUUGUGGUUGUGAGGCGAUGUACCCGCUGGGCUCCACCUGGAAUAUCUCCUUCGCCGGCUGCGGGUUCUUGGGGGUGUACCACAUCGGGGUCGCCAGCUGCCUCCAAGAGCACGCACCUUUCUUGGUGGCGAAUGCCAAGAACAUUUAUGGCGCCUCGGCCGGAGCCCUGACGGCUACAGCCCUGGUCACUGGAGCCUGCCUAGGUGAGGCUGGUGCAAACAUCAUCCAUGUCUCUAAGGAGGCUCGGAAGAGGUUUCUUGGCCCCUUGCACCCCUCCUUCAACUUAGUGAAAAUCAUCCGUACCUGCCUAUACAAGACUCUACCAGACAACGGGCAUGAGGUGGCCAGUGGACGCUUGGGCAUCUCGCUGACGCGGGUCUCAGAUGGAGAGAAUGUCAUCUUAUCGGAGUUCAGCUCCAAAGAGGAGCUUAUCCAGGCAUGUGUUUGCAGCACUUUCAUCCCAGUGUACUGUGGCCUCAUCCCUCCCAGUCUUCAAGGAGUGAGAUAUGUUGAUGGAGGGAUUUCUGACAACCUGCCACAGUAUGAGCUGAAGAACACCAUCACGGUGUCCCCUUUCUCUGGGGAGAGUGAUAUAUGUCCACGGGACAGCUCCACAAACAUCCAUGAACUCAGAGUCACAAAUACCAGCAUUCAGUUCAACAUGCGCAACCUCUACCGCCUUUCAAAGGCCCUGUUUCCACCAGAGCCUCAGGUUCUGCAGGACAUGUGCAAGCAAGGAUACAGGGAUGCACUGCACUUCUUGAAAAAGAAUGGUCUUCUCCAUCAUCCAAGACCCACCAACCCUUUGCUGGCUAUUGAAAAUGGUGCUGGGGUGAAGAACACUGAAGAAGAAGAGGAGGAGGCAGGGGAAGAGGACCAGCUGAGAGAGAAUGCUGCACUGGCAGAGGCUGAAGAUCACAUUCUGGAACACUUGCCUCCUAAACUGAACCAAGCCCUCUUAGAAGCCUGUGCUGAGAGGAGGGGAUUGUUCACCGGCAUUGCCAACCUGUUGCCUGUGCGCCUGGCCUCUGCCUUGAUGCUCCCAUACACACUUCCUCUGGAGUCAGCUCUCUCCUUCACUGUCAGGUUGCUUGAAUGGCUGCCAGAUGUCCCUGAGGAUAUCAGGUGGAUGAAGGAGCAGACGAGGAAAGUCUGCCACUAUCUCAUGAGGAAAGCCAAGAAGAAGCUGGGAAGCCAUCUCUCAGCCAGACUGUACUACCACCUGGAACUCAGAAAAAGCCAAAGCUUGCCCGUCCCCUUGAGCAUUGGCUAUGGGGAGGCGCUGCCCAAGUGGUUGCGGAGUAACCUCUCCCUGACGGACGUUAUGACAAAAUGGGAGGAGUACCAGCGCCAGCUGAUGCUGGGGUUGUUCUGCAUCAACGUGGACCUGCAGGCGUCCAUCUUCCCAUCAGAAGGGCUGCAGAUGAGGCACCCGCCAGCAAGCUGCACACAAGAAAGCCUCCAGCUUUUCUGAUCACAUUGCCACACUUUGGGCAGGGGAGGGUGGACAGCCGCUGCCUCUCAACAGCCUCCUAAUGGAGCUGUAACACCCGCUAAGAGACUUCUUAUUUUCUCAUUUGCAGAGUGAGGAUUUAUAUCAAUAUAGCCAUUGUGCAACUGCUAAGCUGGUGGCUGCACAGUGUUCAAACCCAUAGCAAUGUGCCGGGCGUUGUGUACACUCUUAGAGAUUGAUGGUGUAUAAAUGCCCAGCACCUGUGACAAAAGUGCUUGGUCUCUUGGUUGAACCGAAAAGAGUUUUGUUUGGGACACCUUUUCAGAGGCCUCAUCUUGAACUUGCCGUUUGUGAUAAGAGGAUCGGGACACAAAUCAGUACUCUGGCAUUUCUUUGCUUUUCACCUCCUUUGUUUUAAAUCAGUGUUGUAAAAGGGUCUUUGUUUUGAAGAAAGCCAAGUCCCUCAUAGACAAUCUUUGCCUGCGCUACACAGAAUAGUGAAAAGCAGGCAGGCUACAACAACUGGCUGCCAGAUUGGCUCUUGUUAUCUAAGGCAUAGCUGCCAAGUUAUCCCUUUUUUAAAGGGAUUUUCCUUUAUGCUGAAUAGGCUUCCUCGCGAGAAAAGGGAAAACUUGGCAGCUAUGAUCUAAGGCAGCGCUUGGUUUUCAACUCUCACCCGAUGCACCUUUUUACAUGCCUGUGCUUCACAUUCUCUUGCAAAUCUAUCUGGGUGCCACUGCUCUUAAUAUAGAUGUUAGGAAUGUAGACUUGUAAAAAUGAACUCUUAGAACACUAGAGUUCCUUGUCCCUCUCAGGAUCACCCUCUUCUAAGGGACUUUUUUUUUAACUAUGGAGAAAGAAAAUAUUAGAAGCUCUGAAACGUGCUUCGUAAGACUUGUACUACAAGUAGGCCCAUUGAAAUUAAUGACCGUAACUAAUUUAGAUCCAUUAAUUUCAGUCUGAGUAAAAUUGAAUUGAAUACAAUCCUAAAUGUAUGCUUGAGCUAUGCUGCUCUUUUCUUUUUGAUGCUCCAUGUUGUUUGGGUGAUGCUAUUUCCACCCACCAACCCACCCAAAACAACACCACUACGUUAUUCUUCAAAUGUGCAGAAGGGAUGUAAAGAAGGAUGGAGGAAGAAUGCAGGAGCUAAGACAGCUUAGUGUAUGUUUUUCAAAUGGUUUGUGGCUCAUCUGAUAAGCUGGAGCUGAGCAUGUGAGCAUUUUGUGGUGUUUUGCCACUUACAAAAUGAAACUGAAACUGGAGGCCAAAACUGAUGCUGGCCAAACUGGAUUUAACCUUGAGGAUCCAUACGCACUUUGUGCCAGUGGUGUAUUUGAAAGGUCCUGGCAACCCCAACAGAAGUGUGACUGGUGUGGUGGUUAGUCAGGAGGGUCAGGAGCUGGAGGUCCUAAAAGGAAUGGCAGUAUAGUGUGAAAAGGAGGAAAAGAGUGCCAGAAGGUAUCAGAAGUGAAUGCACAUCCUUCUUUGUAUCCACCUGUGUCAGAGGUGGGGAAUCUUGCACUCUCCAGAUGUUCUUAGACUCCAUCAGCCGCAGAAAGCAUGGCCAAUGGUCAGGGAAGGUGGGAGGCGUUGUCCAACAUCUGGUGGGCUACAGGUUCCCCUCCACUGUACUACAGGCUAUUUCAGUGGAUCUUGGUUCCUGUUCUGCAAAUUAAACAUAGGAAUUCAUGUCUUAGGUUAACCUGGAAGGCUUCCCCCCUAUAGUCCAUAGAGCCAGAAGGACAUUUAGUUACUUGCCAGAUUCUGAUGUUUUCUGAGCCAAAGAUCUGGUAUGUGUUCCCAAUGCUUUUGCACUUGCUGGAAUUGUUCACUGCGGUGUGUGUUAAAGAUUAAGCACUCCAGGUAGCAGCACAUGUCCUGUCUGCUAUAUAGAAUCCCUCUCCCCACAGACGCCUUUCAAAUAUGAUGUACCGACUACUAAUUGUCUCAGCACUAAACUUUUAUCUCACAUUUCACUGCUCUUGCCUUGUUCAUGCUACUGCCUAGCAGAGAUUUGCUGUGACAGCAAAGUAGCAGCAUCCCUUAUCAUAUAGCAAUGUACCAUGAAAGCACAGAUAGGUUUAUGCUACAGGGAGAAAUGAGUCUUUGUAUUUGUACUGCACCGAGGUUGACUUCCUUUGCACACUAACCUACCAUUUUCAAUCCUCUCUCAACGCAGUCAGUCAGUUGAAUGCCAAAGAGAACCCAAGGGGUGUUCAGGGGCAGCUGGCGCAGUACAUAUCAGUUAAGCAGUGUUAAUAGUGAUGCAAUUCCGAGUGCCACUGCAGAACAAAGGGGUGGGUAUUCUUUGGUAGGCAUACCUCACUACUAAGUGUACACUGAAUAGACUUGUGUUUUUGUUCAUUCCAAAGCAUCUGAGUAGUCGUGUGUUGCACUGCUGAGCUUUAUGAGACUCUUUGAGGCCCAUGAGGUACAUCCUUGGCGCUUUUUUUUUUAAAAAAAAGGAAAAAAAUUCAGAGUAUAAUGAUUUGAAAUGGGUUCAAGUCAGGACGUUAUGACUUUGUGGUGCAUUUUUUUUUUAUGGUGGCCAAUACUAGGAUUUCUAGAAAUGCUUUCAUCUGCAGAGCUUCUGGAGUGACACAGCUGCUAAACAGAUUUUGAGAAUGGGUGGCGUUAUGAAAACCAUCUUGAUGCUAAAAGAAAAAUAUUCCUAUUCAUAAUUGACUGCUCAUGUAGCAUAAGUGCCUGCCUUAACAAUUUUAUAAGUAGUUUAGAAACGUGGAAUUCUUCAAGUAUGAAGCCUUUGUGACUAGGCAGGAUGGGAGUGGUGAACAUUUGGCACUAGCCAAUGUAAUAGUCCCUCUUCUAUAACUUUAUGUAAACACACAGGGUGGCAAGGAAUUUACUGUUCUCUCUGCAAACAUUUGCUUUGGAGCUCUAGUUGCGGGCUUAACUUUGGAGAUGUUGCAUAUGUGUUUAGUUUUAUGUUGGUUAAGAAAACAAUGCAGCCAGCAACUAUUUGUGCAAAUGAAAAUUUAGAGGCCCUCUGCAUUUUAACUGAAAUAUAGCCUGUGGUGCCAUUUCUGUGGAGGGCCUUACCUAAAAAUGGAACUCAUUAUUUGGAGGAAGACAUGCUGUUAAAUUGUUGCAUCCUGUUUUAUGCAAAGAUUUGUAUGUUCCCCUGUAUUCUCAUUGGGAGGGGGGGGGGAGAUGCACAUGAAGAAUGCAUCAUAGUAAACAUCUAUCUCACCCUUCUUCCAUGAAAUAAUAGCAAGCAUCUCUAAGCAGGGCUCUAGGAGUCAACCUAUUGAAAUACUAUAAGUCCAUUGAUUUCAGUGGGUCUGCUCGGAGUGUGAUUAGCAUGAAAUAGCAUCCAGAAUCUUUUUUCUCUUAAGGAGUGCUUGUAUAUCAAAAAGUCUCUUCUCUCCUAUAGAAGGAUAAUAGCUAGAGACUUUGUAAUUCAUGUGAACUACCGUCUGGUCUGCUCCAAGAAAAAAAAAUGGGGGGGGGGGUUCCUUAUAUUCUGAAAUAUUCAGAGAAAAAACAUUGCCUUUGACAUCCCAAGUUCAGCCAUGUGCUAAUUUUCCCUUGUUGAUUUAUCAUAAUGUAAAUGUGAACUUCUUUCCUGUAAGAAAACAGCAAACAUGUUUGUAUGUGUAAAUAUGUAGUCAACCGCUAACUUAUUCAACACUGUAUCCUAUGUUUUUUUUAAUGUCUUGCAUAAUUUAAAUCAGGGGUUCCCAGACAAUCUGCUAGCUUCAUCUAGGUGGUCUGUGACAUGUAUGAACACUUACAAUUUGAAUUCUAGGGGAUUCAAAUUGUAAUGCAUUAAAAUACAAGAAAUAAAAGAAGCAAUAAAAAGUAAAUUAAAAACCAUACAGCAUCUAGUGCAGCACACUGCAGUUGCUAGAACAGGCGGGGGGGGAUCAUUUAAAUCACUCAGCAAUUUUUGAGUGGGAAAUAAAGUUUGGGAACCACUGGUUUAGGUUUUUCUAGUAAGUUCCUGCUUAAGGCAGAAUGAUUAUACGUACUGCUGUGUUUCUGUUUUGCUGCUAAUAUGUUAUAAUUUAUAUGGCCUCUUCUGUAGCAUCCCAUCUGGUCAGAUGGGAAAAUAACCAGGGUUAUAAAUGCUUGUUUCAUCAAGAAAAAUUCAGUAUUUUUUUCUGCUUUAAUUUUUAAUUGUGACGAAAUCCAGAUUUUAUUGCCAAAACCUAGUAUUUUGACAUGUAUUGGGUGUUUGAAAGGAAAAGAGAUCCAUGAUGUUCUUUAACCCUAACUUUGUUAAGAACAAAAACAUGUUAAAAUGCUAUGUUUUAGGUUAGUCUCAGCUCUACUAACCACCAACCUGUAAAUUAAGCACAAGUAGUAAGAAGCUAUGCACCAUAGCUAUGUGCCAGCUGGGGCAAGCCAACCUCUCCCACUUUUUGUCCUGGAAAAGGCUUUGUAAUGCCAAAUUUGGAGUCUUUUGGAUAAAGGCUGAAAUUGGGUGACGCAGGUGUGAGCUUUUGCGUGACUUGGCACUUAAUAUGGUUUCCUCAGACUAAAGAAUGGCCUCUGAUUACACCAGAAGCCAAUGGAACAAUAGCUUGCCUUAAUGGCUUGCCUGUAUCUGCUAGUGUAGCAUUGUUCUCAAGUUUUCACAGUGCCUUUUCUUUCUUUUUUAAUGCCACUUGCUGCUGCUGUCCUUACAGCACCCAUUCCUCUCCUGUUCUCUGUAUAUCCAGUUUCCUUGCAACCAGUAGCAGCUUCUGGAUUGGCAAUGUUGCCACAGAUGCUGUGGUUGCUGUGACAAGGGACUGGUGCCUCUCUGCUCCACUGAUGCACACCAGCCUGACCUGCAAUCUGCAGAAAAUCCAAAGUGCCAAAUAGAGAAUAAGACGCAACCUUUAGAACUAAUUUUAUUUUGUAUUAGUCUUACUUGAGACCAGAAAUCUCUGGGCUGCUUUUCUUUUGGGAGGGGGGGUGUACUCUGAUGUGACUUUGCACUUGUGGGACAGCCUGUCAUAGAUCAAUGUUAGCACUUGCUCACAAGUAACAUGUUUUGUCUGAAGUCAGAGCAGCAACAAGAUUAGUGAGGAAACAAUUUUAUUUUACAUACAUGGCAAUUAUCAUAAAGGAGCAUUUUAGUAGUCAUUGCUUGAACAGUUCCAUGCUUGAUAUUGUUAUGCUUUGCUCCCCCCCUUCCUCAUGUUUUACUGGAAAUGUGUUAAGUAUUUAUUUUGAAAAGAUAUACCUCCCUAAUAAAAUAAUUCCUAAAAAUGUGAACUGGGGUGUGUGUGUUUUAAUUUGUACCCCCUAGGCUUGGCAGCUGUAAUCAUGUGGUGCUUUCUAUUGAAAGCUGAACAUGUUUGAUGCAGUCAGCUUGGGGGGAGAGGCAGAGAGAGAAUCAAGCAGAGGGAGAGAGAUGCCUGCCCAUCCAAAGGUGGAAGGCAGACCUGAAGGUAUCCUAAGCUUCGUGACACCAAGGUGCCUCAUGUGACCCUACCCUGACAUCCCAUUCUCACAACUACUCCUUUGGAGGCCACCAGUUAUUCUCAGGAGCCCAUUAGGAAUUAGAGCCAUAGUUUGUUACUUACCCAGCCCUGCUAGAUUCCUCACCAACCCUUUGCCUCAGUGAACCACUGUCUGUCAUGAAACCAGGUGAUCCAGGAGAACCACCAUGUUUUUGCACUGAGAUCCUUUGCUGAUUUAACACAUAUCCAGAAAACCUUUCAUUCUGGCCUUUCGUUUAGAGCAGCUGUCACCAGUUGUGAACUCUGAAAGUGCAGGGACUUGCUGGUCUCAUCUGCCUCUCCUGUGUCUGUGUUGGCCAAGUUGAUACUCGUGGGUUUGUUACUGCAUCAUCUGGGACAGAGGCAAAAUCUAUGCACCCCUUAUUUAACACAGUUUUUCCAGCUUCACCAUUUUGUGCUUAUAUUGGCUAGAGAUGCUUAUUGUAGCUCAGUGGUAGGGAAACACAUUUUGCUUGUAUAGAAGGUGUCAGAUUCAAUCCCUGACAUCUCCAGGUAGGGCUGGAGAUAGGUAUGUAGACCCCCAUCUGAAACCUUGGACAGCCACUACUUCACAGUACAGACAACAGUGACCUUAGAUGGUCUGACUCAACAUAAAAGACUUUCCUGUGCUGUUAACCAAAGCCACAACACACAAGAUUAUGUAAAGGGGAAAGGGGGGGGGCUUAAUAAAAGCACCAUAAAAGUACCUGAAGGAGCAUCUCCACCCCCAUCAUUCAGCCCAGACACUGAGGUCCAGCUCUGAGGGCCUUCUGGUGGUUCCCUCACUGCGAGAAGUGAGGUUACAGGGAACCAGGCAGAGGACCUUUUUGGUAGUGGUGCCUGAGAACCCCAUAAGGGCUCUUGUGUACCCCAUAAGGGAAUAAGGGCAGAUUUUUGCUUAUAACACCGCCCUGUGGAAUGCCAUCAUAUCAGAUGUCAAGGAAAUAACUACCGGUAUCUGACUUUUAGAAGACAUCUGAAGGCAGCCCUGUUCAGGGAAGUCUUUAAUGUUCUAUCGUUCUUUUAAUAUUCUGUUGAGAGCCACCCAGAGUGGCUAAGGAAACCCACUCAGAAGGGUGAGGUAUAAAUUAUUAUUAUUACUUGGGACGCGGGUGGCACUGUGGGUUAAACCACAGAGCCUAGGGCUUGCCGAUCAGAAGGUCGGCAGUUCAAAUCCCCACGACGGGGUGAGCUUCCGUUGCUCGGUCCCAGCUCCUGCCAACCCAGCAGUUUGAAAGCACAUCAAAGUGCAAGUAGAUAAAUAGGUACCGCUACAGCGGGAAGGUAAACGGUGUUUCCGUGUGCUGCUCUGGUUCGCCAGAAGCGGCUUUGUCAUGCUGGCCACAUGACCUGAAAGCUAUACGCUGGCUCCCUCUGCCAAUAACGCAAGAUGAGCGCCGUAACCCCAGAGUCGGUCACGACUGGACCUAAUGGUCAGGGGUCCCUUUACCUUUUAUUAUUAUUAUAAAUAUUAUUUAUUAUUAUUAAUGGUAGCAUUAAAAAGUAACAUGCUUCUAUGAUGUCUUGACCUAUGUCUUGACCUAGACACUAACAACAGUCAAAGAAAAGUAAGCCAGAUUCCCAUGGCUCCCGAAAUUGAAAUUUGCUCACUUUCAACCAGAGAGCAAAACAUCCAACUGGUUGCAUCCUGUGGAAGUUGGCUGCCAGGUGACAUGACAAAAGUUUAUAAAGUUAUGCAUGGUAUGGAGAAAUUGGAGAAUUUUGCCCCUCUCCCAUAACACUAGAACUUGUGGACAUCCAAUGAAACUGAAUGUUGGAAGAUUCAGGAUAGAUAAAAUGAAAUACUUCACAUGGGGUAUAGUUAAACUAAGGAAAUGGUUCUCAAAGGAGGCAGUGAUAGCCACCAACAUGGAUGGAAUUGAGACAAAUUCAUGGGGGAUAUCAAUGAAUUUGAUGGUUAUGCUCUGCCUCUACAGAGUCAAUAAGAAGAGAAGAGUUUGGAUUUGAUAUCCCGCUUUAUCACUACCCGAAGGAGUCUCAAAGCGGCUAACAAUCUCCUUUCCCCUCCUCCCCCACAACAGACACCCUGUGAGGUGGGUGGGGCUGAGAGACUUCAGAGAAGUGUGACUAGCACAAGGUCACCCAGCAGCUGCAUGUGGAGGAGCGGAGACGCGAACCCAGUUCCCCAGAUUAUGAAUCUACCGGUCUUAACCACUACACCACACUGGUUCUCUGAAUAUCAGCAGCAGGCGGGGAGAGCACGCUUGUGUUCAGGUCCCGCAUGCAAGUUUGUAUCAAGCGCUUGGUUGGCCACUGUGCGAACAGGAUGCUGGACUAAAUCGUUGUAUGUUCAAGAAAGAACAAAAAGUCCUAAUGCCAGCACCCCCAAACUUCGACCCUUCAGAUGUUUUGGACUACAAAUCCCAUCUUCCCCAACCACUGGUCCUGUUAGCUAGGGAUCAUGGGAGUUGUAGGCCCAAACAUCUGGAGGGCCGCAGUUUGGGGAUGCCUGUCCUAAUGCAUGGAGGCCGUUACAAGGCCAAUCCAGGACAGGUUAUGCCGCCGCAACGUACGUUAGUUUUCAGGUGCCGCAGGAUCCCUGCCGCUGCUGCUCUGGGAGCUGCCACGCAUCUAGGAAGAAGCAAGCCGUAGGAAGACCCUUUUAACUUAUCUGCCCCUUCACUGCUUCCGUAUACCCUCCGCGUCACUUUCAGACGUGCGCCGGACAGGGAGGGCGGCAGCUUCUGGCGAGGCGAGCGGUCUCCAAGCUCUGCCUUUCCCCCGCCUGGAAUCCCUCUGGCUCCGUUCUGUUCGAUCGAGCCAGGCAUUUCGCCACCGGCACGGCUAUAUCUGUGCCCGCCUCCCAACCGCCGUCCCCCCCUUCCACCCCGGCCUUGGAAAAAGCAAUACAUUGACGCGGACGGGGCUGCUGGUGCCUUCUUGAUCAGAGGGACCAGGGAACACCGGGAGCGAUCGGAAACUUGGGGUCCCUCCCGCUUUCUGAGAAGAUAGCUAUUGCAGGGUCUUGGGGGCCGUUUCUCUCGACAUACGCCUCACACACAUAUCCAGGU